AUGCAGACAUCAAUUGCAUUCUCUCCACGUUUAAACGGAAUAAUCAACAGAAACCGCAAUUCUAAACCCAUUUUGUUGAAUCAACCUAAAUCACUGUUAUUAUUUCCUUCCACAUCAAGAUCUGACAGAAUAUAUGACUCUAAAGUAUGUCCACUUCGUUGCGGCAUUUCAUCAAACGGUUUUAGUGGAGAUGAACGAAGAAGUGUUAGGGAGUGGAUUGAGGUUGGUAGUGAGGCAAUAUCCACGGCUUUUCCAUUGUGGGUAACGGUUGGGUGUGUGCUGGGUUUGGUGAGGCCGAGUUCAUUGAAUUGGGUCACUCCUAAACUGUGUACAGUGGGACUUAGUGUAAUUAUGCUUGGUAUGGGUAUGACUUUAACUCUUGAUGAUCUUCGUUCUGCUUUUUGUAUGCCUAAAGAAGUUUUAUCUGGUUUUUUCCUUCAAUAUUCGGUGAUGCCAAUAUCAGCAUUUCUUGUAAGCAAACUCUUAAAUCUUCCAUCACACUAUGCAGCUGGUUUAAUAUUAGUUGGAUGCUGUCCAGGGGGCACAGCUAGUAAUAUCGUAACAUAUCUUGCACGUGGAAAUGUGGCACUUUUUGUGAUAAUGACCGCUGCAAGCACUCUAUCUGCUGUGGUUUGUACCGCUUAA